ACCAUCGCGGCGGAGCAUCCUAAGGCGGAGCUCCCGACUCCCCUCCAUUUACGCAACGUGUCUCCACCCCUUCUCCUCUUCCCUUGCUCUCCCUCUCCUCUCAAAUAAUAUCUCCCCGGCGAGGUCAAGAACUUUCUGCCAGGUGUACGGUCUUCCUUGACACUUGUCCGUAAUGAUCUCUUCGUUUUCACCUACCUCUUCCUGUAUUAUAAAUACGUGAAGACCACCCUGCAUGCUUAUCAACCGUUCAUAUUCUUCAUUAAUCCUCAUUCUUCUCUUAUCUUCUUCUUGUUCUCUCUCUCUCUCUCUCUCUCUCUCUCUCUCUCUCUCUCUCUCCUUUUGUUCUUCUUUUCUGUUUAGAUCGAGAACGCAGGUUUUACAGAGUUUGAGAUGGGCACAGAGAUGAAAAUUGAGAGGAAAUCUUCCAUAGAUAAAGAACCGCAAACUUUAUUUUUUGAUCAGAUACAGUACGCGAGGGAAGCAGCUUUAUAUGUGCUCAGCACCAAGACAAUGGAGGAAGCUUUAAGGAUUUUCACUGAGGGUUUGCAACCAGUGAUUAUUGCUGAGGGCAAGAUCAACUUCGACGAUAAAGAUUUAUCAGACUUCAUCGAUGAGCAUAACAACUUUCUUCUCCUCGAAAGAUUCCGUGACAUUGACUCUGCACCUUUCUAGUGAAGUUGGUAAAUGAGUUGGACCGAUUACACUGCAAAUUGGGCUUCACUUGCUAAUAUUAAGGCUUCAUUCGAGAUAGCUUUUUUAUUACUUUUAAAGUAUUUUUUUAGUACUAAAAAAUUAUUUUAAAAAGCAGUAAGAAAUCUGUCCCAAAUGAUGAUCACGUGCAGCUUGAAGUCAAGUUGAGCUUAAUGUAUAUGAUAAUGUUUCACUUGUUUGGAUUUUGUGUGAGCAAAUAGCUUGUAAUGGACUUGCUUGUACUUUAAAUGAGCUAAUAAGCAAGCUAGAAAAUGAAUGAAUGUUUGGCUUCUUACA